UGAACACGAAGAAUUGUAUGAAGAAAGUACAACUACUAAUCAGUCUAAAGGUCACCCUAAAAGUUUCGUCUGGAACUACUUUGACAAGGAUAAUAAUAGUAUAACUGCAAUCUGUAAAGUUAUAUUGGAUAAUAGAAAAAAAUGUGGUAUCUCAUAUAAUGAUAGCUCAACAACUUCAAAUUUGAUUAACCAUCUCGCUCUAGAAUGUAAAAGUUUUCAAAAAUUACUGCAUUCGCUUGAUGAAAAUUUUUCAAUUUCCUAUAAUAAAACUAUAAAAACUUCUGUUAACAAAUCAUUUUCUUGGAGUAAAGAACAAUUAACAAGCUUAAUAGAAAAGGAGAGUGUUGCCAUGUCUAUGAUGAUGGAUUUUUGGACAAGUCAUCUUAACCAGAGAUAUAUUGGAAUCACAUGUGAAGUUAUUGCUGAAUUGAUUCCUUGCGCAGCUCAUGUGCUUCAAUUGUCUGUUGGAAAAGGGUUAAACAUGAUUAGGCAUUUAGUUUUACGUAUAAAACGAUUGAUUGAUUUUUUUAAUAAUUCACCUAAGCAAACCGAAUAUCUCCUUACCACACAAAGAGAUCUUGGAUUUAAAAAAUCAAUAGUAUACCUUCCAUCACAGCUUCAAUCAGAUGAAAGUGUGCCCGUACGAAAGAAUGGUAAACGAUUAGCACGUAUUAUGCUUAGUGAUGAUGAAUGGAUAUUUUUAGACGAAUUGAAUGAUAUAUUGUGUGGUUUUGAAGAAAUAACGACGUUACUAAGUGGAAAUACUUAUAUAACAAUUUCUUUAAUAUAUCCAGCUAUUUCAAUAUUA